GUUACAAUGUAGAUUUUGUUGACAGCACAACAAACCUGUAGAGUCGUUUUACGUAUGCCAGAAGAUAAGAUAAAACAUUCGUAUUCUAUGGCUUUGUUCAGUGUCGAUAUAAUGUUGUUGCUACUCUUGUUUCUUAUUUUCUUUUCAAGAGUAGCGGGUCUUGGCGAAGUGAUCUACGCUAUUAAUGCUGGUGGAGAUGCACAUAUUGAUGUUUAUGGAGUAAGAUAUGAAAAAGAUCCACUUACUGGUAAAAUUGGCACUGCAUCAGAUUUUGGCAAGCAGCUAGUUAUUGGUAGAGUCCCUCCGGGCGAUCAGGUUUUGUAUCAAACAGAGCGCUACCAUCACUCGACCUUUGGCUACGAUAUACCUUUGAAAGGUGAUGGAGAUUAUGUACUAGUUUUGAAAUUCUCUGAAGUUUACUUUAAUGCUCCUGAUCAAAAGGUUUUUGAUGUCGUCUUGAAUGGAGAACAUACAGUGAUUCCAGCCCUUGAUAUAUUUGGUCGAGUAGGGCGAGGUGUAGCUUAUGAUGAAUAUAUCCCUUUCACCAUUGUAGGCAACACACUACAGGCGGCUGGACAAGAAAGCAUUGUCAAGGGUUCAAAAGUAAAAGUGGAAUUUGUGAAGGGAUAUAAGGACAACCCUAAAGUUAAUGCUGUGUUUGUUAUCAAGGGAAGAUUGGAUGAUGUUCCAAAGCUACCACCUUUACCAAGAGAGGAAGAUUUAGAUAAUGACUUAGAAGAUUCAAGAUUACCAUCUGGAAACCAAAUCAACAACAACAACAACAACAAUAAUAACAACAACAAACAACAACAGUCCACUGCUAAGCGGCGCCCAAGUGGCCCAAGGACACCUAACCCAUACGCUUCUGAUGACACAAGUUCCAUGCUUCCCAUUUUUGUUGCCAUAGGAGCUGCCAUUCCACUUUUGUUUUGUUUAUGUAAACUGUGAUGUUGAAAUUCUUGUUAUGCUUUUUUAAAGAUUUGGAUACCUUAUGUGAUAGUCUUCUUUUUAUUUUGUUUAAUUUAUUGAUAGCCUGUAAAUUUUUUAUCAUUGUUACAAAUAUGAACCCUUUAUUUAAUUUCUACCCUAAGUCUGUAUUACUUGUAAAUGCCAAUAUGAGAUUCUUCAACAGUAUUAUAGAAAAGAUUCUUCAAAGCACAAUUUUAACCCUGUAGUCAAGGUAUUAUUUGGUGCUGAGGCUUAUAAUGAAGGUAGAUAAGAAAGAUAUGGUUCCAGUAUAAGGCAGAAUAAGAUCACUUUAGACACCAUCAUGAUUAUUCAGUUAUUAUUAAGAAGUGCAGUUGGUAAGUUUUGUCAUGUAAUUGAUAUACUAGUCCUCUAUCUCUCUCUUUCUCUCUCUAUCAUUCAGGUAUCUCCUUUUCUUUUUUUAAUAUAUGCCAAAGGUUUUUACUAGGUGCUUAACAGCAGCCUGCUGAUGCCACUAUGAAUUUAUGGAUCCCCAUAGUUGUAGUUGUCUUGUAAGUUCAAUAAUUGCCAAAGAAUGUUUUUUUGUAUGAAUCCUAGAAUAUAAUUUUACCAAUUUACUUUUUAUGCGAUGAUGAUGAUCAUCAAAACCGUGUGUUCCCAUUCAAAUGCAAACACUCUUCUCAUGAGCCAUAAACUGGUGGUUGUGGUAGUUGUCCUAGCCAGAGGUAGUUAUUAAUUUUGCCUUUAAUGCAUUACUGUAUUAUAAGUGAGAGGACCUACCCUUCUAUGAAUAUAGAAAUUGAAGAUUUUUUAUAUUGGUAGCAUUAAUUUUGUCCUGCUUAUUUUUUAAGUUUUAUAUGCAAGGCUUGCUUUUAAGCAAUAAGUCAUUUGUUCAUUACAUAGUAUUUGUUUGUCUUUGUGUAUGUAUGUUAGUUUUUUCUGUGAAUUCUGCUGAUCAGCAAACAAUAAGUUUUGUAUUUUUCUAUUUCGUUCAAAGUACAAAAUAUAUAGGGUGGUACAAAAUAGAAAAUGCAAUAGUUCCAUGUCACAUAUUACAUAGAAGUUGACAUGAAUGCAUUUGUUCUUGGUGUGGAAAAGGGAUUUUCAGCUUAAAUGUCACUUUUAAUGCCUAGUACAGUUUGAAGCAGGAGGGGAUGGCAAAGCACUAGGUAAAGCAAACAAAAAAGUAAAACACUAAAGUUCUCUCCUUUUAGACAUCAUAGUUUACAUGUCCAAGUCUCUCUCUCUCUCUCUAUCUCUCAGCUCCUUAUUUGCUUUAGAUUUUGGAUGGUAUUAGGAAGAAAUUUACCCUCAUUGUAGUUGCUUUGAUCCUGGAUAAUGAUGGUAGUAUGUCCCCUACUAUUAGGAAGGGAGAAUCAUUGAAGGAUGAAUUAAGGUUAUGGUGACUAAGUGCAACCACUGUGGUUAUGUGAUCAUGAUACACACCAGCAGGGGCAGCAUAGUUUGAUUCUCCAGUUAUGCAGUGUGCUUCUUCAGGCCCAUUCCAUUCAAUCCCAUUUGGUAUCUAUCUGGUGGUGUAAAAAUGAUUAAAGUACCUGAUAAUUAGUUGAUCUUGGGGAUUCAAUGUUAUGAUGGGGCUAGCUACCUCAUCUCAAAAUACUUGCUGAAAAGUUGAUAGGUAAGACCCAUUUGAAUCGCCGCGACUUACCAGGCUAAGGGAUAUGUUAGGGAAAAAUUGGAAAGCAAAAACUAGAAUGCAUGAGGGAUUAUUUAGUCUAGUCUUUAGUGUGAAUGUUGAAUGAAAAUGGAAGAAAAUGUGGAAGAUAAGAGAGAUAAUUUGUAUAGUAUAUAUAUUGAGUAAGAUGAUUUCACAUUGACAAAUGUGAGGUUGAAAGGUUAGCAUAAGUGAAAAGAUAGACCUGUGUGAUUGUAGAUGGUCUUGUAUGAAGAGAAUGAAGGAUAGUAAGUUAACGGAAAAUUUGCAUAAUUCUUUGCAUGAGGGAGGAUUGAGGAUAGGGAGACCAAUGAAAAGUGCUGGUUAGUUGGUGUGGAAGAGGUGUUGAAACAUAGUGGCCUUGUACUUCUUGAGGGGUAAAAAUGAAGAUGAGUUGUGCUGUGAAUGUAUGUAUGUAUGUAGGGAUGGUCUUAUUGUGGCUGUUGAUCCUUCUGUGUGGGUACUAGGAACACACAAUGUUGUGGAUGUUUUCUGAUUCAGUGUUCAUUCUUGAUACUGCAUGUAGAGGUGAAUGGGGUAUGACUUACUUUACAGAAUUUAACUUAAUUGUUUAAAUUUAACGUAAUUGUUUACUGCUGUAUAUCUAAUGGUUAGCUUAAGAUAAGUAUAAGUAAUGAAAUAUUAGUGUCAGCAUUUUGAAAGUAUCUAAUUGUUACACUUCAUACAAAGUGUAAUAGUAUUAAUAAAAUAUUAAAAUGGAAUCCUCUUAAAAAUUCAUUCAGUUGGCCAUCUCAGAGAAUUAGGUUUUACUUUGUUAGACUGGUUAAAGUACUACGCAAAAACACAAAUACGAAAGAAUUUUGAAUAUUUAGUUUCAGAUAAGUUGCUGCUUUCCUAUAUUAAGCUCUGCUACAUUUAUCCGAGGCAAGAUCUUGACAGGACUGACUGCCAAUAGGACUAUCAGUUUAUGGCUUAUGUAAAACAGCACUUAUUGAAAUGAAAAAUCAGCAUUGUUAAAGUUUUGGAAUUUUCAUUUUCAAAAAUUUAUGUGAAGGAUCCUUAAAAGUCAAUUUGUUCUGCUAAGAAAAUUGUUUUUACCUUUUGGCGCAAUGAGUUUAGGACACUGAUUGUUAAUAAAUCCAGCAUAAGGUAUCAUUAAAGGAUUGGAGUAAAAAGUUAUUUUGUAUGUGUGUGUGUGAUCUUUGUAUAGUAUUUUUCUAUGAGAUAAGCAUCCCUUUUUACUAAUAGUAUGAAAUAUGUUGCAACUGAUGUACUAUAUUGCGUCCAUUGCUUAAAGAAUUGAAACAAAUUAUUGGUGGCUUUAUUUUGCAAAUCAGGUUUGCUUUUUGAACUUUAAGAAAUGAGUUACUAAAUUACUGUCAAUUUAGGCUUUAUGUGAAUUAUAUUCUUUCUGUACUUGAUUUAACAGGCUUGCUGUUAUUUCAUAAUGAAUAUGGUUUCUGAUCAGUGACAGUGGUAAUGGUUAUUGUUUUUAUUUGGAUGAGCACAUUUGUACUUAAAAUGAAAUUAUGUGAUGAAGUGAUUCAUCAAAAAUAGCUUAUAGGAUUAAAGUUUAGGAGUUCAGUACUAUAUAGUCUCCUAUUUCCUGAUAUUGGUAGAGUUUUUGCACAAACUUACGCAUAUUAUCACUCAAACAGAUUCUAAAGAGUUGUUGUAAAGAAGAACAAAUUAUUUCUUUAGGACAUUGUUGUUUACCAAUAAAGUUUUUUAUUGUAUUUCUGAAUACGAGUAUGGAGUAAUGUACUUAAACUAUUACAGAAAUAUUUGCCAGAAUGCA